CACGAUCUUUGAAAUGUGUGUUUAUAGCUGGUCCUGGUUAACAAGAUUUUUAACCAAUUGGGAGAGGUGUCACUCAUAUUUCAAAACUUUAUCUUAAAAAAUAGGAUGGGCUGACAACGUUAUGUUACUCCAAAAAUGAAAGUGAAAGCACUAGCUAUAUUUAUCCACUUGAAACGAAACGGCGGUUGGAGUGCUGGGCUCAUAUGAGCACAUUCUGAGGCAACAUGGUGACGCGCUUUAUAGUUCUUCUCAGUACACUUAUUUAUUCAGUGUUACUGGAGGAGGUGAGCUGGCUUCCCUGUGAGCUGGCGGAGGAGCAGGUCGAGACUGAUUUGAAUGGACACUUAAACACUCACUACCGCUAUCGAAAUGCAAUGCUGCAGUUCGGACAGCCAGGAGACCGCGCUAUGAACCCGGACGGCAUCACGUUCUUCGUCACAGGCUCGGGGAAAAAGCUGGACAUGAGGAGGCAGGUUGACCUGGGAGUGGAGGCGCUGCAGUGUGAUAUUCGCAGGUACAGCACCGGUGGGAUCCAGGUGCUCUGGCCAGGUCGCGGGGCACAAGAGCAGGACAUCUGGUUCACCUGCACCCUGCGGCACAGCGGCCACUUCGUCCUCACCACCUUUUUAAGACACACCCCUGCCACGCCCAUCGACGCCCAGGAGGACCACGCGAAGUCGCACGUCAUCGGGGACAAAGACUCCAUUGUCACGACAGCGGCGAUGCUGGUUCUGACCCGGACCCCCGCGGUGGACGUGGGACUGUUGCGGGAGCAGGUUCUGCACUGCCAGUUUGCAGUGGAUCACAAGGCGCCGGACCUGGCGCUGGAGUGGGUGAGGCAGCACCGGGGCGAGCGGACCAAACUGUUCCACCACAGCAGCCGCUCCGGCCAGAACACGGGCGCGGGCGUGUCCCCGGCCGCCGUCGUCAAGGGCGACGGCUCUCUGCUGCUUCCCGCCGUCUCUCUGUCCAGCGAGGGGACGUACGUGUGCUCGGUCUACGUGCCCCCGCUGUACGCAACCCAUGACGUGGUCCUGCAGAUCAUGGAGAGUCCGCAGGUAUCUCUGAGCACGGGGGCGUCCCUGACGCUCCAGGAGGGGGAGGCGCAGAAGGUGGUGUGUGAGGCGCAGGGGUACUACCCGCUGGACGUGCACAUCGAGUGGCUGAAGGAGCAGAGGGGAGGCAGCCACCUGCCGGAGGUGCUGAAAAACGUGCUCUUCUCCAGCCAUCGGCACCACCGCGACGGCACCUACUCCCUCUCCGCCUUCUUCCUGCUGCACCCCUCCCCCACGGACUCAGGGAGCACCUACACCUGUCGAGUGUCGCACCGCUCCUUACGUGUGCCCGCCCGCAAGAGCUUCACCCUGACUGUCACAGAAUCUGCAAACUGGGGCUCGGUGUUUUUAGGAGUUGUGGGCUUUGGGUUAGCAGGAUUUAUGAUUGUGUUUCUGGUGUGGAUGCUUCGCUACCUCCAUACACUAAAACAAGAGGCAAAAAAGAGUAAGCCGUACUGAGAGACCGUGCCUGGAGAAGAGCUUUCUCCUGGCCUCCUGUAUCAGGCCGUUCUGUGCGUUACCGUAACGGGCAACGUGGAGAACCCAGCAGAGACACUUGUAAUGGAGUCAUUUCCAGAUGGUACACAAAAUAAGUGGCUUUCUAAAACCAUGGAAUGAGAAUGCAAUGCUGGAGCGGAAUGCAUUUUAUUCAAGUCAGUCCUGGAGCAUUUAUGUGUCAACGAUGCUCGAUUCCUGACACAAGUUACAUUCUUACAUGGCAGGACACAUGAUCAGAGAAGACAAUGAUUACGUUUUGAGUGUGCAGUAAAAUAAUACAAUUUUGGAGUCCUUUUGUCAGACUAAAGUUUUAGGUUUUCAGGGUGUUUUUGUCUUCCAGUAUCUGUUGACUUCUCUCUUCUAAACAUGAUUAAUAUCUCCUGAUUUGUGCAUGAUUGGAAGGCCUGUAUUUUUUGCAAGCGGACUGCUCAUGUCUGAAAGCUUUAGGCAAAGGUAGGCCAUCAGGGCCCUUUCAUGCUUCGUUUGUCUGAUCAUUCGGUUUGAGUACUAGUGCAGAUUAAUAAGAUUGCAGCUGUAUGUGAAAAUUAUGAUGCUAACAUAAUUACAUUUGAGUGGACAUAAGGUAGUUG